AUGAAUGUCUGCUUCCGAGUGUUCACUGUGACUGGAAAGAAUGCGCUAAAAGCGGCGGAGAGCACAUCUGAGAGAGGAGCGCCGUGGAAUCGAAUUAAGCCGGUGCCGGUGCUGUUGGUGUCGGCAGCGGCGGAGAGAGGCCGGUGCCGGUGUCGGCCCGAGCCCCGCCCAGAGCCGGGCCCCGUUGAGCGCGGCCGUGCGGCGGCUGCAGCGGCGUCGCGGCGCCUCCGGGUGCCGCUGUUGGCCGCCGCCGAGCGGCGCUGGAGCCGCGGCCGCCGCAGCGUCCUGCCCCCGCAGGCUGCUCGCUCGCCCGGCGCCGGCCGCAGCGGCAGCGGCAGCGGCGGUGCCUUUCAGGCAGCUUUCUGUCAGGCGAGAGCGGCCGCGAGGGAGGCAGGGCAGCGGCGGCGGCGGUGCGGGAGCGCGGCGAGCGCUGCGGGCCGGAGAAUGGCGGAGAGGCGGCGGCAGAGGCGCGGGCCGGGCGGCGGGCGAGCGCUGCCGGCCGCGCUGCUGCUGUGCCUGUGGUGCCGGGCGGCGGCCGAGCGGGUCCGCUACGCCAUCCCCGAGGAGCUGGCCGCAGGCUCGCUCGUGGGGCCGCUGGCGCGGGACCUGGGGCUCAGCGCGGACGAGCUGCCGGCGCGCAAGCUGCAGGUGGCGUCUGCCGGCAAGAAGCAGCCGAAAUACUUCAGCGUGAAUGAGGAGAACGGGAACCUGUACGUGAACGAGAGGCUAGACCGGGAGGAGAUGUGCGGCGGCUCGGCGACCUGCUCCGUCAGCUUCGAGGCGCUGGUGCACAACCCGCUCAAUGUUUUCCGUGUCGAGGUGGCGAUCGAGGACGCAAAUGACAACUCCCCGACCUUCAGCAAAGCUGCUCUGGAACUGGAGAUUGGGGAAUGGGCGCUUCCUGGUGCUCGUUUUCCGCUGGAGACUGCACGAGACGCGGACGUAGGGAGCAAUUCGCUGCUGACUUACCAGCUCACCAGCAACCCGUUCUUCUCACUAUUCAUGAUGGAAAAGGCGGGUGGAAAAAAGCAUCCGGAAUUAGUGCUGGAGACAGCUUUGGACCGAGAGAAGCAGAGCUCCUUUGAGUUGGUGCUGACAGCGGUGGACGGCGGGGAUCCAGCGAGGUCCGGAACUGUCCAGGUUCGCAUCAAUGUGACAGACGCCAAUGACAACCCGCCCGUGUUCAGCAAAAGCCUCUACGACGCGCGAGUGGCGGAGAAUCUGCCGGUGGGGUCGGUGGUGCUGCAGGUGCGGGCCACGGAUGCGGAUGCAGGCUCGAACGGGCGAGUGUCCUACUCCUUCGGCAACGUCCCGGAUACUGUCAAGGCGUUGUUCGCUGUCGAAAGUGACAGCGGGGAGGUCAGGACGGUGGGUCCCCUCGAUUUCGAGGAGAGGAAUAAAUACAGCUUCAGCCUGGAGGCGAGAGACGGCGGCGGGCUCACCGAUCACUGCGAAGUGCAGAUCGACAUCAUGGACGAGAAUGACAACGCACCCGAGAUCACAAUUCUGUCACUGUCGAGUCCAGUGCCCGAGGAUGCCCCGACUGGCACCGUGGUGGCCGUGCUGAACGUGAACGACCCAGACUCGGGCGAGAACGGUCAGGUGUCGUGCGAGCUGUCGGGAGAGGCGCCGCUGUCGAUCGUGGCGUCGGCGGGCGGCUCGUACAAGGUGGUGACGGCGAGCGCGCUGGACCGCGAGCAGGCGGCCGAGCACCGCGUGACGGUGGUGGCCCGGGACCGGGGCAGGCCGGCGCUGCGGAGCAGCGCGGAGCUGGUGCUGGAGGUGUCGGACGUGAACGACAACGCGCCGGUGUUCGAGGAGGCGGCGUACAGCGCGUACGUGGCGGAGAACAACGCGGCGGGCGCGCUGGUGCUGCGCGUGCAGGCGCGGGACGCGGACGCGGGCGCCAACGGGCGCGUGAGCUACUGGCUGGCGGGCGGCAGCGCGGGCGCGGCGGGCGCGGCGCCGCCGGUGUCGGUGGAGGCGCGGAGCGGCGCGCUGUACGCGCAGCGCUCCUUCGACUACGAGCGCUGCCGCGAGUUCGCGGUGGCCGUGCGGGCGCAGGACGGCGGCGCGCCGGCGCGCAGCUCCACGGCCACGGUGCGCGUCUUCGUGCUGGACCGCAACGACAACGCGCCGCGGGUGCUCUGGCCGGCGCCGGCGGCGGGCGAGGCGGCGGGAGCGGCGGCGAGUCCUUUCGAGGUGGUUCCGCGCUCGGCCGAGGCCGGCUACCUGGUGGCCAAGGUGGUGGCGGUGGACGCGGACGCGGGGCGCAACGCGUGGCUGUCGUACGAGCUGGUGCAGGCGUCGGAGCCGGCGCUGUUCCGCGUGGGGCUGCACAGCGGCGAGGUGCGCACGGCGCGGGCCGUGUCCGAGCGGGACGCGGCCAAGCAGCGCCUGGUGGCCGUGGUGAAGGACCACGGGCAGCCGGCGCUGUCGGCCACGGCCACGCUGCACGUGGUGCUGGCCGAGAGCUUGCAGGAGGCGCUGCCGGAGCUGAGCGAGCGGGCGGCGGGCGCCGAGGCGCCGGCGGCCGAGCUGCACUUCUACCUGGUGCUGGCGCUGGCGCUGCUGUCGGCGCUCUUCCUGCUGAGCGUGGCGCUGGCCGUGCUGGCGCGCCUGCGCCGGGCCGGGCCGCCCGCCGUGCUGCGCUGCCUGGGCGCGCAGCGCUUCUCGGUGGCCGGCGCCGCCUUCCCGGCCGACUUCUGCGAGGGCACCUUGCCCUACUCCUACAACCUGUGCGUGGCGGCGCCGGCCCGCGCCCUGCCCGAGGCCGCUUGGCCGCCGCCGCCCGUGCCCGUGCUGUCGGCGGAGGAGCUGCUGAGCGGCGAUUCCUGCCAGAAACCGAGCCCCAACAGCGGCGCCGAGACCGGGGAGCCGCCCGCCGACCCCGAUGCACCGCAGGUCUGUAAAGCCUCUCGCUCGCGCUAUUCGCAUUGA